CACGACCUUCAUUCGUUCAACUUAACCUCAUCGGUCAAGAUUCCGGCUGCUCCUCGCUUCCUUCAAGGCCUCAAACAUCCUGGCGUGUUGAGGCGGCAACCCGACCUUGCCAGUCCAAGUAGCUGCCAACGCACCGUGCAGCUGAAGGCCUCACCGUCCUAAAGGAAGCCUUGUAAAGUUCUAGUACUGAGACUUACUAUAAGCUGCAGGUACUCGCCACCUUUUCCUACUCUCAACUGCCAACUUAUACCAUGAAAAUCACAACAACAUGGUCGCUGCUCCUACCACUUCUUUCGCUUGCAGUAUCAGCUUUGCCCAAGCCUCGUCAUGCAAAGCCUCCAGUAUGCAUCAUCGGUGCAGGUCCAUCAGGCCUGUCUGCAGCGGCAAAACUGGAGGAGAAAGGCAUCAAAGCCAUGAUUUUUGAUAAACAGGAAGAAAUUGGUGGUAAAUGUCAAGCAUGGUAUGACGAGCAAGGUGUCUUCCAUCCGCUUGGCGCCGCCUUCUUCUCGAACGCAACUUACACCGAGACCCUGAAGUUCCUUGACAAGACGAAUGUGACUUCCGAGCCCUUCGCGCUGGCUGGUGCGCGCGAAAUGUUUCGCUACAACUACACAAAUGGCGCGAUCGAAGCAAAUCCGACGCUGAUCCCGCAAUUUCUGGCAUCGUUGUCUGCCGAAAUUCCGCGUUACGUGGCGCUGUGGAAUCAACGGUUUCGACCAUAUAGUGUCGCUGGAUACAAGAAUGGCACGCCAGAUGAGUUUACUGUCUCUGGAUCUCAGUGGUUCCGCCAAAACAACUUCACGGCUCUUCCAAUUCUGCUCGUAAACCCAGUGGCAUUGUACGGAUACGGCGACAUCAACAUUGUCCCAGCACUUUAUAUCUUGCAAUACUUCACGCCGGAUAUUCUGACCGCUUUCAUCGGAUUACACGAAGUGUAUUACAUGGACUUCCACAAGAUGUUUUUGGAAUGGUCUGCGACACAGCUUUGCAACACACCUAUCAAGACCUCCGCCGAGGUCCGAUGCAUCGAUCGAUCUGGAAAGAACCCAGUGAUCAAAUACAUCGAACCAUGCGGAAACUUCUAUGAGUGGCGCAAGCAAGAGUGUAGUUCAAUUAUCUUCGCUUUUCCACCAAAUAUCGAGAACCUGGAAAGAGCCGGGUUGGACAUCACAGAAGAGGAGUACAACGUCUUUGCAAACGUUUCGACCAUCCAGUACUACUCUUCAGCGGUAGAGUUCCAGCUUCCGUUUGGCGUUUCCUACAUUGCAAACACUUCGUCACCGGUACUUCCUCCGCCAAACGACGGUGAGCCCGUUGCAGUGCUGCGCCUCAACGAACAGUCGAACGUUUCUGUUGCCUGGUCUUGGGGUCCAUACGAGUUCCAGACAGAAGAGGCUGCUCGUCGCUUGCUGAUCGAGAGCUUGUCAGAUAUCAAUAAGGACCCUCGCAAUGUUAAUGAGACCGCGAAGCCUCUCACCGGCAGUGAUGUCAAAGCCUUCAAAAAGUGGGACUACUUCCCACAUUUCGAUAGCCAGCCCCUCCGGGAUGGAGCAUACAACAAAUUUAACCGCCUUCAGGGCCAUAAGAAGAGCUACUGGGCCAGCGGACUCAACGGCAUGGAGAUCGUUGAGUGGGCCAUCCGUGGCGGGCAGGAUGUUGUCGAGUCCUACUUUUGAGGGCUCGCACCAAAUCUGUUGCAGUCGUUGGCCAACGACUUCAGCACGCAUGUGUAAGCCGGAAAUGGGAACACCCAAACAGGGGUAUGGCGGGAUGUUUGCGUUACGACUUUCCUGGCAUCGCGAUAUCGUAUUGACGACUUUAUGCCCACUUAGAGAUGAUACCUUCGCCUUCACUGAGCGUCACGAUUAUAUCCUUACGUCUACGAUUACUUGUUGCGGCUGCACUGGGAGAAUAUCUUACGAUCUGAACGGACUCGAAUUUAAUAAUAAUGCUACAUGUACAUAGCAUGGAUGACUGACACAAUAGUUUAUGUAGACACAAGUAUUAAGACUUUGGCACGCAG